AAAGACGUUACAACUAGCACUAGACAACUAGUAUAGCCAAGGAAUUAAUUCAAAUUACUAGUUCCUUAGUACUAGAUGUAAUGUCUUUGGUACACCCCGAUGACAUUAACGGUAAAACAUAUUUUUUAAAUCAAUGUCUAGUCUAAAACGAUUCAGCAGUAAUAAUGAUAAAUUAUUGUCGAAUUCUGAGAGACGAAAGAAGAUAAUCUUCGUCGAAGAUUACAGGCAGCGCACACACAAUUUAUCCAGAUCUAUCAAUGUCGAACCUAUUAGAAGAGACUACGUUUCCGAAGGGUACUGGGAGACGUUUUUGAGUUAUGAGGAUCCCGAAAAGGAUAUUAUGUCCGCUUUUCUCGUCCUAAGACAGGGUGAUCCAUCCGUAAGUAAAGACACCUCCUUGAUUUGCGAACUGCGCGUCUACGAAAACACCCUCCCUUUGAUACACGAGCACAGGAGAAAUCAGAACCAAAUAUUGGGCGACAAUUUGAUCGAUUGGGCGGAGAACAUAGUGAUAAACGAGCACGAAGGCGAAAAAAUCGCUGCAGUUACUACAGAACAAAGCAAACCGCUCUUCAAAAGACUCGGUUUCGACGUGGAGGAUGGGCAAUACUUGUACAAAAAUUUACUAUCAGAACAAUACAAAUGUUCUGUCGAUUACAUGGAUGGGCUAGAAUUAAAAUUCGGUAACAACCAAAACUUGAUCAAAGGCAUAUUAGAUCCCGAAGAAGAGGAAGAAGAUUGGAUGGACUAUUACGAUAAAGAAUACAAAUUGCACACAUAUACAAAAAAAUGAUGAAUAAAAAUGUAUAAAUUAAUUGAGUAAUC